AUGGAGCGUCCCGGUUCGCCGGCGUUUCGGCGGGAGUCUGGCUUCUUUACCUCCGCCCACGUGCCUCGAUAUGCCGUGGUGCGGGGCAGAGAAGAAGCCGCGCCGGUCAUGUUUGCCCUCUCCUCCCCAGGCUUGGCAAGUCUCUAUCAGGCUUCGCCAGCUCUUUCUCCGCUAGUUGUUUCUCCGCAGGACUCUCUUUACACUGAAGUUGUCGGGCGGUCUCCGCCUCUCCGCCCCAUGAGCCCGCGCCUGCCAGGGAAACGUUUCGUGCAGUCGCGGUCUCCGGUCCACGCGGCUGCCGCCAGCGCGCUGUCGAACCCGCAAAGGAACACAGUUUCCUUGAAGGCGUUGGACGGGUCGGUGCGCCUCGCCCCGAGCCGCGCCGCCCGAGUGUGCGAAUCUUCUACGAAGGUGGUGGCGCGGCGCAUCACCCCCGCGAUGGAAGCGAGGACGGAAGCCAGCUCUUUCGCGGGAGGCCUCAUUCCCUCCAUCAAGUCGCUCUUUGGGUUCAGCUCGGCUGCCGAAUCGCCGGGAUCACAGGCGGACGCCGUCGCCUGGAAGCGCGCGGGGACUUCUGCGGUGCGAGCGGCCCAGCAGGUUGCCCAAGAGGGACGGGAGUCAAGGCGCGUGUCUCGUAGGAGCUUCGCGCUUCAGCAGCACGGUCCGACAGGCGAACGCACCGCGAUGCACCCCGAGAUGUCCGCUCUGUCUCGAGGAACGCUCGCCUUCAGCCAACUGGUUCAGCAGGCGAAUAGCCCCUCCGGCAGCCAGCUGCCUUGUCUCCUUACCGACAAGCGUGUUGGGCCCGCUGUGGAGAAGGGAAGUCGCCUUCCGACGAAAGGUCCUCGCGGAGGCCCCGUGUGUGUGGAUGCGGCAGGAAACCUCUGGGAAAUGUCUCGAGUGGGCGGUCCCGGGCGUGCGACACCCGCGCACGGCGGACAGAGCGCUGGACAGCAGACAGCGGCCCAGUCGCCGUCGGCGGAAAGUGGAGUGGCGAAUGGGAAAACGGGCAACCACGCGCCUGGGGUAGCGGGUGCGACGGCGGCGCCCUCGGCCGCUCACCGGGCUUCCCCUGCAGGGGUCGUUGCACAGGAGCAAAAACAGUCCCCAAGUGGGGCGCGGGGCUCGAGACGCGUGAGCCAGGAAAACGAGACAGGCGAGGGAGUGAAGGGCGAGGCCGCAGGAGUUCGAGGACUUUCUGGACUCGCCGCCAACCCCCCGAACGGUGUCGCGGGUGCAGGGAACGGCCGGGGCCCCGAGGGAGGAGCCAGGCAGGACGCAGGACCGAUGCUCUAUGAGGACAACCACGUUUUGCUCCAGUUUGGGCAAUCCUAUCCCGAGGGCGUCUUGACCGGCUGUAAAAAGGUUGUCGAAUUCAAUCCGGAAACGAGCCAAGUCAAAGAACGCGUAGUCCACAAACUCAUGAUUCACGAGAGUCCCGACGUGUUUGUCCUGCCCGAUCUCCUCUCACCUGCGUCAUGCGACAAAGUGAUCUCCAUUUGCGAAGGCCGCUGGGAGCGUAGCAAGACGAGUCGCGGCCCCAUGCAUGCUCUGUCGGAAAGCUACUCUUCAGGGGACAGCCUGUCACGGACAAGCAUGUCGGUGCGCCUUUCCCCUGGGGAAACACCGGAGGUCGAACGCCUAGAAAGCAUCGUGGCUGCCUUUGCCGAGAUGCCCGUUAGUCAUCUCGAGCCCCUUGUGGUAGUCAAGUACGAGGAAGGAGAGUUCUUUAGGGAGCACCACGAUGGUCAGUUCCGCCGCACAACGAUUCUGCUGUACCUAAAUGAUGUGGCUGAGGGAGGCGAGACCGAGUUCCCCCAUCUCGGUCUGAAGCUUUCGCCAGUCAAGGGAAGCGGAGUGAUGUGGCGGAAUGUAUUCGAGACAACGAACCAAAUCGAUCCCCGUGUCCUUCACGCAGCGUUGCCCCCGGUGGCGGGAAGAAAGUAUGUGGUCAACUGUUUCUUCAAUGAACGUCCUGUGCGAGUUGCGUCGGCGCCGAAAGCGGUUCCAGCGAAUGGCAACCCUCAGCAGUUGCACAGGUCGGAGAAAGGCGUCGCGGCGUCUCUCUCUGGCCUUCCCCGUCCACUCACCCCGGCCGCUUCUUUGGAUCCGCGCCUCGCACGUCCGCAUCUUGUACCAUCCGGAGCGGCUCCCCUGGCGAGCCAUUCGGGCCAGAGUUCGAAUGUGGAGCGCCACACCAGGCGUGUCUCUCGCUCGGAUGCUUCUCAGGUACUGCCUGCGAAUAGCCAGAUGAGCGGGCUUUCCUCUGUUAAUCCCCACCAGAGCACUGCUAUCCCUGGCGCAGGGCGUGCCGUGUUUGCAGCGCAGAACACCCAAGCCGCGGCUGCAAGUGGCGUUCAGGGUGUGAAUGGGAGCGUCCUGGGCUGUGCGUCAAGUGGAGCGACUCACGGUCCACACACAACGCUUCAAAUGCCCGCGUGCCAGGCAGGACGUCGGCAAGUUCCUCAGUCAUCGUCACCGCAUGCGGUGCAUGCCCAGCAGCUACGCCACGGUACGGCAGGGCUGCCAUCCCACAUGCCAGGCUACGGCCAUCUGGGCGGAGCGACGGGUGGGGUUGCAGGAGCGAAUUUCCUCGGGCAGAAGGGAGCUACGGUGGGAGGGAUGGGAGGGAAUGCGGGAGCGAACUUUUUCUCGAGUGCCCCCGCCUUCGUGAUGGUUUUCGGCCCAAACGGAGUGCCGCAGUUGAAGCCGCUGACGAAAGAGCAACUCGAUGAUGGCGUGGGGAAAUAUUUGAUCAUGGAAGCAAUGCAAACCAUGAAACCCCCUGCCUCGCCGUUUGCCGGAGGACUGCACCACUGA